ACCCUGACAUGGAGGUGGAUGAGAACGGGACCCUGGACCUGAGCAUGAACAAACAGCGGCCGCGGGAAGGAUGCUGCCCGAUCCUGACGCCCCUGGAGCCCAUGUCCCCCCAGCAGGCAGUGGUGAGCAGCCGGUGCUUCCAGCUGAGUGAGGGGGACUGCUGGGACCUGCCCGUGGACUACACCAAGAUGAAGCCCCGCAGGAUGGACGGGGACGAGUCCAAAGAGCUCACCCCAGAAGACUUGGACCCCUUCCAGGAGGCCCUCGAAGAAAGAAGGUACCCAGGGGAGGUGACCAUCCCAAGCCCCAAGCCCAAGUACCCCCAGUGCAAGGAGAGCAAGAAGGACCUGAUAACAUGUCCAACACCAAGGUGUGAUGGGAGUGGUCAUGUGACUGGUAAUUACGCCUCACAUAGAAGUCUGUCGGGCUGCCCGCUGGCUGACAAAAGCAUUCGAAGUAUGCUGGCCACCAGCUCACAAGAACUCAAGUGCCCCACGCCUGGCUGCGACGGCUCCGGGCACAUCACCGGCAACUACGCUUCCCACCGAAGCCUUUCAGGUUGCCCGAGAGCCAAGAAGAGUGGCAUCAGGAUAGCACAGAGCAAAGAGGACAAGGAAGACCAGGAGCCCAUCAGGUGCCCGGUGCCCGGGUGUGAUGGCCAGGGCCACAUCACCGGCAAGUACGCCUCACACCGCAGCGCGUCCGGGUGUCCGCUGGCGGCCAAGAGGCAGAAGGACGGCUACCUCAACGGCUCCCAGUUCUCCUGGAAGUCGGUCAAGACGGAGGGCAUGUCUUGCCCCACGCCUGGCUGCGACGGCUCGGGGCACGUCAGCGGCAGCUUCCUCACACACCGCAGCUUGUCGGGAUGCCCGCGGGCCACAUCCGCCAUGAAGAAGGCGAAGUUGUCGGGAGAGCAAAUGCUGACCAUCCGGCAGCGAGCCAGCAAUGGUGCUGAGGUUCUGUGGUCACUGGUGAACGGAGCUCAGCGAAACUGUGAUCAGGAGUUAGCAAAGUGGCCGAGUCCUCCUUCUGUGUCGGCCAAGCACAGCUGGGAGCCAGAAAGGGCGGGCGCCACAUGGGAGAGGAGCCCCGGCUUCCUCUGGCUGGACGCCCGACUGCAGGCCCAGCCGGGUUCUAUCACACACUCGUCCACAGACGAGGACCCUGGGAGCUCAGGUCACCGGGAGAUGAAGCUCCAGAUCGAAGUCAAGGCCCCCGCCAUGUGUGAGGAAGAGACGACCUCUCUCUCUCUUCUCGGAGAAUCAGGAGAGUACGCCUUGUCCAAGGUCACUCACUCUCCUCGACACCCUGUCCUCUUACGCCCAUCCGGGCCCCCUCAGGAGCUGGUGCCCACAGAGACCUCCUUGCCCCCCGGAACCCAGCCCCACAAAGCCCCCCAAGCUGGCCCUUCAGAUGAGGGGUGUGCCCACCAGUCAGGGUCCGUAUUCUGGGAGCUUCUGAAGCCAGUACCUGGAGCCGGUCCCUGUGCCUUCCGCAAGAGCAUCUGCCCAGCACCCGUCAACUCGGCUUCGAUCACCACCAUGGAGUCCAGCCUCAAGACCAUCGAGGAGGAGAACAAGGUGAUCGAGCAGCAGAACGAGUCGCUGCUCCACGAGCUCGCCAACCUCAGCCAGUCUCUGAUCCACAGCCUCGCCAACAUCCAGCUGCCGCACAUGGAUCCAAUCAAUGAACAAAAUUUUGAUGCAUACGUGACUACUUUGACGGACAUGUAUACAAAUCAAGACCGUUAUCAGAGCCCAGAAAAUAAAGCUCUACUGGAAAAUAUAAAGCAGGCUGUGAGAGGAAUUCAGGUCUGAACAGCUGCUGUAGUGAUGGAAUCUUGCUUAAAAAAGGAUGCCUCUUGUUCUUUGCUGCUGUAAUUUACCAGAAAGUGUUAUAUAUUUAUUUCUGUUUGAAACAGUGUUAUGCUUACAAGACUUCAUAAUGAUUUUAUGUCUUGCUUUAAAGAUAGUACCUGCAGAAUAGUUUUGGAAUACAUUCACAUUUUUGUACGUUUUCAUAUAAGCUGACAUAGUGUGACAUGCCAUGUAAUGUUUAUAGCUGCUAAUGUAUGCACAUUGGGGGUAUAUAUAUUUCUGAAGAGGUAAGCUGAUCAAAAUAAAUAGAGUGUACAUUCUUUUUAACGCUUUAGUGAUUAAAUGUUUAGUAUUUUGAACUGAAAUGGACACACACACACACACAGAAACAGCUCUGAAUGAUCGUUUGGUGGACCCGCAGCCACUUUUUAGAUGUUAUCGUUUUGCCUCAUGUUCGAGGAUCUUACGGAAUUUAAGAAAUACAUUUUGUGUGCAUAUUGUUUCAUAGCAAGAAUUGGUUGCAAAAAAAUGCUUUAUUUUUGAACAAUGCUUGGAAAUAUUAUGUGAUGUUUUUGUUUGUUUGUUUUAGGAGGAUGGUGUAUGGUGGGGGCAAUAAAUGAGGUUUUUUGCAUUCCAAGGACAUGGCAUGUGGAGUAACUGUAAGGAAUGAGAUAAGUAAUUUAUUGUCAGACAACAUCAAGCCAUGGGAGCUUGGCAGAAGAUUCAAAGCAGCUUAAACAGCGCUUUUAAAUUAACUCCCGAGCGCUACGCGGUGUGGCGGUGGGACCUUCCGCUAAGACAGGGGCAGAGUGGAGGUGGUGGCCCGAAGACCCCUCCUCCUCUCUCGGCCUGGAGCAACCUUCUCCUGCCCCGAGGGCUCCUGCCCUCUGAACCGCCUGUCACCCAGCAGAAUCCGUGUUUUCCUUUGCGCUCAAAGAUCCUUUGAGACUCUUUCUUUCCCCUUCCACCUUAUCCAAUUACCAUUCCUGUUGUUGUCGCUGUCGUGAGUUUCCCGUGGGGGAUAAAGGCAGACGGCGUGGCAGUCCUCGCGCGAUCGGGCUGAGCUGCGGGCCGGCCUGGGUGGGAAAGCGGCUCAGACAAGCGCCCCCGCCCAGCGCUGGCUUCGAGGAAGCCCGCGUCCUGUUCAGAGGCGGGAGCGCGCGCCCCACGUGCGGUCCCGCCCGCCGGAGGCCCGCGGGCCGCAGAACGUUCGCUUAGCUUUGUUGGCUCGGUCGUGACCUUCUCUAGGAACGAAUGCAAUCAGACGGUGGGAGUAACUAAAUGCCCUUCAGCACUUUUUUGCUUUACACUAGAUCAUCUCAGACUCGUUUCCAUCCUGGAGACUGACUGUUCCCCCGACGACUGCACUCCGCGAUGCGAUGCGUAAGACCGCUUUCCACCGCCGCGCUCCCCUCUCCUCAUGCAUCCCCGGGACAACCUGUCGUGUUUCCGAUUGCUGUUGACUUGAUUUACAUGUGAUAGCAUUCUUCCUUCCAUGUCUUGAUGUUAUGCAGGAAGUACAAAAGUACUUUAAAAUUUUGUUAUGAAAAAAAAAAAAGAUGGGUUUUGUAAAAAUAAAAAAAAAAAUAUUUUUAGCAGAACAGGACUUACAGGGUCAUUGUCCCCACAAUGUGCCAGUCGACUAUUUGCACUUACCUUGUCCUAUAUAUCCGUACGGAGGUGUGCAAUUCCCGUGUCAGUAGCCUCGCGACUCUGACCCUGGAGGAAUCUGAGGAGGCCUCCCGGCUGACCUGAUGAUGCUACGGGAGAUUACAGGGACCUCACCGCAAAUACUCUGAUACAAUACUCAACCUCGGUAUAUAUAUAUGUAUAAAUACAUGUACAUCCCAGCGGCACUUUAUACUGCUCACUGUACAAAAGCCACCAGUUUUCCAGGAGGACUUUAAAAUUAGCUGGGAGAAGACUGUAUAAUGACUCGGGCGCCGCAGCGCCUUCUCUGCGGGGCCCUCUUUCUGUUGGGUGAUUAGUUGUAGCUGCCCUGCUCAGAAUUGCCUUUUUGAGAGCUGAAGCCAGGUGCGCCUCGCCACCUGCGGCCACAUACCCCGUCCGGGGCCCCGGCCUCCUCGCGGGCCCCCGUUGUUCAUAUCGGCACAUGCAUCUCCCCGCCCCGUCGUUGUCUGCAGCUUCUUUGCCAAUUAUAGUGAUGCUUUUCGUAGCGUAAUAGGUAGUAUCAGUUUGGGAUUCUAAUUGUUCUCACCUAUGUACAAUGGAAAGGGGUUUUAAGCACAAAUCUGCUGCUCAUCUGAUGUUGGUACAUAAUAUCAAAUCAAAGUUAUCUGUGACUAUUAUAUAGGGAUCACAAAAGUGUCACAUAUUAGAAUGCUGACCUUUCAUAUGGAAUUAUUGUGAGUCAUCAGAGUUUAUUUAUUAUAACUUAUUGUUCAUAUUCAUUUCUAAGUUAAUUUAAGUAAUCAUUUAUUAAGACAGAAUUUUGUAUAAAUAUUUAUCGUGCUCUCUGUGGAACUGAAGUUUGAUUUAUUUUUGUACUACACGGCAUGGGUUUGUUGACACUUUAAUUUUGCUAUAAAUGUGUGGAAUCACAAGUUGCAGUGAUAUUCAUUUUUAAAUUGUGAACUUUGUACAAAUUUUGUCAUGCUGGAUGUUAACACAUCUUACUCUAAAUAAAAAAGGUGUUACCACAUUUGUAGCACGAAGGGUCUCUA